AUGCGAGUCGCUGCCCCUCCUGAGGAGCCCGACGUGUUCUGUGAGAAGGCUGUGGCCCUCAUUGUUGACCUCUGCCUGGACGACAGCCCUCUGCUGGACGCCGACACAUGCCAGGACUUCCUAGUGCUGCUGACCAACCCUAGCCAUGACCUCUCCAGCUCAGACAUUUCUUUUAGUGUCCUGCUCUUGGUGUUUGUGCUGGGCGGCCUGGCCCUGCUGGGUGUCAUCAGCCUCGCCACCUGGAAGCUGUGCUGGGUGCCCUGGCGCAGCGAAGCCCUCUCGUCCAGCGCCACCGCCCUCACCCCCGCCCGCCCCGACCGUGAGCUGAGUAGCGACGUUGACCGAGACUAUUACUCAACCCAGGCAGACAUCAUGGCGGCAGACAAGCUGAAGGAUCCCGAAAACUUCCUGGAGGCCGCGGUGAAAAUCAGUCACACGUCUCCAGACAUCCCGGCAGAUGUACAGCUUUCCAUGAAGGACCACCUGCUGAGACGGACGCGCAUAUCCCGACAGACCACCGAGCCCGCCUCCUCCAACAGGCACAGUUCUUUCAAGAAGCAUCUACCCAGGCAGAUGCACCAUGUGACCAGUGUGGACCGAGGGAGCGAUUUCCUGGAUGUGGACGACCACCCCACCUGCACCGCCGCCGCUCUCGGACGAAUACAGCCUGAACUGUACAAACAAAGCACGCAGGAGGCUGAGGAAUCGUCCAAGAACGAAACGGCCUGCGGCAAAAUCAACUUCUCACUCAAGUACGAUUACGAGGGCGAACAGCUUCUCGUCACCAUCCUCAAGGCUCUGGACCUGCCUGCCAAGGACUUAUGCGGCAGCUCGGACCCCUACGUCAAGAUCUACCUGCUGCCAGACCGCAAAUGCAAGUUCCAGACCCGCGUGCACCGCAAGACCCUCAACCCCACGUUUGAUGAAAUGUUCCAGUUCCCCGUUCCCUACGAGCAGCUCCCGGCCAGGAAGCUGCACCUCAGCGUCUUCGACUUCGAUCGCUUCUCACGGCACGACAUGAUUGGCGAGGUGAUACUGGAUAACCUGUUUGAAUCGUCCGACCUCUCACGGGAGACUUCCAUCUGGAGAGACAUUCAGUACGCCACCAGUGAAAGUGUGGACCUGGGGGAGAUCAUGUUCUCGCUCUGCUACCUCCCCACUGCGGGACGCCUCACCAUGACGGUCAUCAAAUGCAGGAAUCUCAAAGCCAUGGACAUCACGGGUUACUCAGAUCCGUACGUGAAAGUGUCGCUGAUCUGCGAUGGAAAACGGCUGAAGAAAAAGAAGACGACGAUAAAGAAGAACACCCUGAACCCCACCUACAACGAAGCCAUCAUCUUCGACAUUCCUCCAGAAAACAUGGAGCAAGUCAGCUUACACAUAUCCGUCAUGGAUUACGAUCUAGUGGGACACAAUGAGGUCAUAGGUGUGAAUCGUGUGGGCAGCCAUGCCGAGGGGCUUGGAAGAGACCACUGGAACGAGAUGCUGGCUUACCCGCGGAAACCCAUCGCUCACUGGCACCCUCUCCUAGAGCCAAAGAAGUCUGAAAAAGAGUGGAAGACCCGCACAGCAAGUUUCGACAGUCAGGGGUCCUGUCCGUCCCCUCGACUCCCCUCCAGCCCGUAGGGGGCGGGGCCUGAAGCACACGCCUCUCUCUAAGGCUUCUCAAAAGCCAAAAAGAUCUACCAGGAGCUGUGGUAAGAUUCACACAUCCUGAGACGACCUGGCACAACGUCUGUCUGUGUGGACACUGGCAUAAGGUACAGACGGACAGAAGGCGGAGUCAAAUCCUAUUGUGUGUUUGAGCCUAGACAAGCUUCUAAUGGGAGGGGGGGAUUAUUUAUAUAUUUAUUUCAUUAUUGAUGUAUUUAUUUUUUAUUUAUGUCAAUUCCUUCCCCAUUUGUCAUAUUCAUGAGCAAGUCCAGAGGGUUAUGCUAAUAACCAUGGAUUUCAUUGCUCUAAAAAGGCAAUUAAUAAUAAAAAUAUUUAUGUAUUAAAUUACAGUGUUACUUAUGUUUGCCAUGGUAGUGUAAAGAUAUAGAUCAUAAAAAAACAGUGUUUUCUUCUGAUUGGUUUAGGAAUUUCUAUGUUUUUGUUUGUUUGUUUAUUUGUUUAUAGACUGGCUUAUAGAGGACAGUAUAUAUUGAAUAUACUCUGAGAUGCACAUUCAAGUUAGUUUGAACUAAUUCAGGAACCAUCUUCUGCGCUGUUGUGAUCCUGUUUGCCACCCAGCAGGGUUUAAAGCUAAAUGCCAAGAGAUGAAAAACUAUAUUGCUUAAAUAGUUCCUGAAUGGCUGUUUACAAAUAAACAAUAAUCUGAAUUAUAUUGAUUUACUGUGUUUAAAAGCCUUUCAGAAUAAUGUAGCUUUCUUGUGAAAUUUCCUCACAAUUCUCAAAAAUCUGAAUAUUCUUUAAUAUUUUGAUAUAAGCAUAAGUUAAAAAGUUAUAUAUUUUUCCUCUUAAAUGAUAAAAAAAAGUUUUCUCUGUUUGUCCUAAUUUUCCCAUUUUCCACCAUUUCCAGUAUUGCUGGUUAUGAAACACUCCAGGCUUGUGUAAAUUAUGUAAACCCCAAUGACGAUACAAUUAGAAGUAGAUUAUUUUUGAUAUAUUUCUGUUGACAUGACUGUUCUGUAUUUAUCAUGAGUUUAAUUAGGUAUUAAAUAACCUGGUCAAGCAAGGAACCUUUUGAUUUGUUUAAUACUCACAAUGGCUGCUAGUUAUUUUGUAAGUCAUUAUUUUUUAUUUUUAACAUUUGCCGUACCAGUCAAACGUUUUUUGCUUUUUGUAGAUUAAUAUUGCCAAAAUAGAGUAAUUAAAAAGUAAUCCAAACUAUGAAGAAAAACAUAUUAAAUUAUUUAGUAUCUAAUUUAGAUGGCAGUUUUGCACAUCUUGGCUGGAUUUUCUCACUUUCAUGAGGUAGAGUCACCUGGAUUUUUUUUUCAGUUAACAGCUGUGCUGAACCUGUUAAGAGUUAAUUACUUAAUUUUGUAUCAGUUGUAAAGUUGUGAAGAGGUAGAGUUGGUAUAAAGUGAAUAGCUCUAUUUGAUUAAUGAUCUAAUCCAUAAUAUGGCAAGAGUUACUCAACUAAGUAAAGAAAACAAAUACUUUAAAAAUUGAAGGUCAGUCAACCUGAAACCUUUUAAGGACCUUGAAAAUUAUCCUCAAGUGCAGUCGCAAAGACCAUCAAAACUGUUAUGAAGAAACUGGCAUUCAUCAGGACUGCUACAGGAUAGGAAGACCAAAUGUUAUCUCUGUUGUACAAGAUAUGUUCAUCAGAGUUACCAGAACCCCAAAUAAGAGCUAAUUUUUUUACAUUUUGAGUAUUUUGGUUUGUUUAACACUUUUAAGAUACUAAAUUAUUCCUUAUGUGUUCCUUCAUAGUCUGGAUGACUCCAGUCUUUAUUUGCAAUGUAGGGAAAAAAAGCAAAAAAAAUAAUGAGAAGGUGUGUCCAAACCUUUGACUGCUACUGUAUAUUAGAUCAGUUUUAUAAUAUACAAUUUCCAAUUUAAUUGGCUAACAGAGCCAAUCCUUACACAGCCAGCUGCUGCAUAUGUGUCUGAAUCAAUGACUGUAGAAAAACAUGGGUGCCAUGGUUUCAUUCUCUUCUUUUCUACAGAAGAUGAAAUAAACCAAAGCUACUACACUCCAGUUUAAACUGGAACCAAACUGCUGCAGAGAGAGUCAGUAUUCAUUUGUGACGAUUAAAAGUAGAAAACAAUAUACAGAUUCUAUUUAGCACCCUGUUCAAGGCGUAUCACGAUGCCCAUUACUUAUUUUACACCCAGCAAACAGUGUAUUUUCACACAUUGUCUUUGCGCCAUUUAAAUAACGAAGGAGCUUACAUAUGUACAGGUGUAUCUCAAAAAAUUAAAAUAAUAUUUAAAAAGUUUCUUUAUUUCAGUAAUUCAGUUAAAAAAGUGAAACUUAUAUGUUAUAUAGAUGUAUUAAAUAGAUGUAUGCGUUUAUUUAUUUAUUUUAUUUAUGAAAACCAAAAAAUCAGUAUCUCAAAAAAUCUGAAUAUUAUAUAAGACCAAUUGGUACUGGCAGUCCUGCUGGAAAAUGAAAUCCACAUCUCCAUAAAAGUUGUCAGCAGAGGGAAGCAUGAAGUGCUCUAAGAUGCCAAAAAUAUCAAUUGGUCUUAUAUAAUAUAAAAAUUUUCUGAGACAAUAAAAAUAAAUAAACGCUUAAAAAUACAUCUAUAUAACAUAUGAGCUCUAUUAGAAAUAUGAGAAAUAAAGUAACUUUUCAAGUUUUAGUUUAUAAAUUAAAAAAUAUAAAAUAGAUAUUUUUUUACUUAAUAUAAGCAUAUACAGCUCUGACAAAAAAGAGACCACUUAAAAAAAAUUGAGUUUCUUUGAUUUAACCAAAUUGAAAACCUCUGGAAUAUAAUCAAGAGGAAGAUGCAUGGUCACAAGACAUCAAACCAAGCUGAACUGCUUAAAUUGUUGCACCAGGAGUGGCAUAAAUUAUCCAAAAGCAGUGUGUAAGACUGGUGGAGGAGAUCAUUCCAGAAAAACCAGGGUUAUUCCACCAAAUAUUGAUUUCUGAACUCUUAAAACUUUAUGAAUCUUUUCUUUUAUUUAAGGUCUGAAAGCUCUGCCUGUUUUUUGUUAUUUCAGCCAUUUCUCAUUUCCUGCAAAUAAAUGCUUUAAAUGACAAUAUUUUUAUUUGGAAUUUGGGAGAAAUGUUUUCAGUAGUUUAUAGAAUAAAACAACAACAUACAUUUUACACAAAAAACAUGUCUAUAAAUAGCAAAAUCAGAAAAACUGAUUCAAAAACUGAGGUGGUCGCUUAAUUUUUUCCAGAGCUGUAUAUCUAGUUUUUGCUAAUGGAUAUUUUGCAGUGUAUCAAUAAUACAGAGAUCAUACAGUCAACAGAAGCGCUAGACCUGAGACACAUUAUGCUGUUCAUGCUUAUAUACAGUCAUUGGUUUGAACCCUCUAUAUAAUUCUGUAUAAUGAAGAUCACAUGUUGUGAAGGCAGCCGCUGGCCGUCCUGUUCGGGACAGACAACAGUUCUCCGUCACUUCGUCCUCUGUAGUUCUACAUAAUGAAGUAAACUGACACUGGCAGGGACGAUUAUAAUUUCACCACAUAGUAAUCAGAGGUUUUUCUCAGCUCUGUUCUAGACUGUUCCAUCUGACAGAACGUUUGGUAGCUUUAUUGUCCACGGCCUAAAGCCACAAUCAGGAGCUGCAGUAAACACGUCCAUGGCUGUGAAUUUAUGGGAAAAUACACAGUAAACACAUACGCCUCACAUAUUUCAGUGACAGCAGCUCUGUAGCAUUAUCCUCGUUUAAAAAUCUCUCUCUCUUUCUCUCCAAAUGCUGCUCUAGUUCCAGCCUGGGCCUUUAGAGCUCUGGGAAUACUGCUCUACAAUCAUGAAAAUUUAACAAAGAGUUAAAACAACACAGUGUUGCUUACAUUUACUUUGUGGUUUUUUUUAUUGCAGACUUUAUGAGUGCAUGAUAUUUCAGGUUUUAUCUGCUCAAAUUAAUUCAGUUUAUUAAUAUACAUCAAUUUCUGCAUUUCAGACCUGCAACACAUUACAAAAAAAACAUUAGGACAGGAAGGCCCAAUGCCAUUUUACUCCUCGUCCCUACCACUUAGCCCUACCCCUCUGUUUUGCUUGUGAUCACCUAGGGGUAGGGUGUCCUGAUUCUUGUUAGGCUGGAGGGUUAGGGGGAGUGUUACGGCUGCAUGACCCUUCAAACUGAGAUUUUUCAGAGGCACACGCAAAACAGAGGGCUAUGAGAAUCACUGGUAAGAUGGCACAAGCAAAAAAAAAACACAUUUGAGAAUUUUCCUUGAUAAAAGUUACAAUAAUCACUAUAUUACCAUAGAAUAAUGUGUAGUUUUAAGAGGUUUUUUUUGUAACAAGCAUAAACAAUUGCUAAUAUUUUGUCUCAGUAGCUAGCAGUAGUGUCUCAGUAGCUAACUUCCCCGUUCCACCUUAAAGCUCCACUAGGUAGGAUUGAGAUUUUGUGCUUGUGGGCUCCCCCUACAGUUGUAGAGUGUAAUAAAUGUUUCAGGCGGAUUAGUUUCUCUUUCUCGUUUUCUGGCUUUCACAGACAUAUUCGGUCUCUUUCCAGCUUCUGCCAGAGUGUCUGUAUGUUUUUAAAGAAUUAACCAGUAGUCCUUGUAGAACUGUUAGAACUAAAGGUCGGAAAGCAGGUCGCAGUUCUCGCGAGCGUUGGUUGCGGCCGCCUCCUUACAGAGUCUGGUUUGAGCUCAGAGGAGCUCCGGCACAGACACGAGAGACACUGCUAUUCCUCCUAUUACACCUCAAUGCAGCGCUGCAGUGAGUUUCAAGCUGUAAUAGUACUCCUUUAAAAAGAUCAAAAAUCAAGGAAAUCCUACCUAGUGCUGUUUUAAAUGAUGCAAUAAAAAGGCCUGCAGCAUUUAAGGUGGAAUGGAAAAAUAAAAGUUAAUAAAAGCUCAUUUCAGCUCUGCAUCACAAAGGAAUUAAGGAAUGCACAGUAAUAAUUAAUUACAGCACCACCUGACCCUUUUCUGAAGACAUGUGAUGCUCUAGAGUUAAUUAGCUAAUCAGCAGCAGCUAGGUUGCUGAACUUUAUCACUCCACUGCUAUAGCUGUAUCUAUAUCUGUUUUUUAUAGGCUUGUCCCAAAUUCGUAGGGAGAAGAUUUCACCCCUUUCCCUUUGUAACUCUGUUUCGAGUGGAAGGGUUACACUUCAAAACAGAGAAUGGUCCUCUUUGCGACCAUUUCUUUUUUUUUCAAGAAAGAUCUGGAAUACUGAUUCGUUCAACAACAAUACACUAUAUUAGUCCAUCGCAGGUGCCUUCAGAAGUCAAUGCUGCUUCUGGACAUGGUUAAUAUAAGACUUCUGUUUUAAUAUCACAAAUUGUUUAAAGAUAUUUUUUGCUGUAGGAGAGAUAUGAAAAUUGCUUCCAGUCGUUCUUUGAGAAACAUUGUUUUUAAACAUUUCCAUAUUUUUCUCACGCAUUUGUUACAAACUGGAGAUCUGCUGUUCAUCUUUGCCCCUAAAGCCUCAUCAUAGAUGAUGUGUACCAAAUUAUGAUCCUAAUCACAUGUUUAAAAAAUAAAAGAGCAUUUUGAAACGUGUUGCAGGUCUAAACUGCGGGAAUUGAUGUUUAAUCAAAAAUUAAAUAAAGUUGAGCAGACAAAACAUCUUGGAAAUAUCUUGAGUUCAUGCUGUCUGCAAUUAAAAUAAAAGUAAGUAAAAGGAAAUGUAAGAAAUACUACACUGUUUUUUUUUUUUUUUGAUUUGCAUUUUCCGUGCUUCACACUUUUUCUGAUUUUUCUGUGUUGUUUAUUCAUCAGAUAAUAUUAUAUCAUGUGUUUUGUUAGUUGCUUUGGCAGGAAAACACCUUGCUUUAGAAACCCUAGUGAGUUUUUAAAUCAAAGACCUAAUGUACUUCCAUUUUUCCAAGUGGCAACAAGAACCUUUUCACUUUUAUAUUGAGAAUUUGUAUUUGUAAUGUAAAGUUAUGACGUUAUUUGUUUCAGAGCACCCCUUGUAUUUCAGAUGUGUGAUUAAAGUUGUUGGUUCUAACAUACAA